UAAAAUAAUAGAAUAAUGGCAAGCGAACAAAAAUAGUGUAAAAAAAAGAGUGAAAAUAAUCAUGGCUGCUCCAGCCAUUGAGGGCGUGGCCGUCACGGCUCUCCGGUCGGUAAUGUUCCGGGUCCGCCAAGCUGCAGAACGAGCCGGAAGACGACCCGAACUUGUACGAGUCGUGGCCGUGUCCAAAACCAAACCCGUUUCCCUAAUCCGCCAAGUCUACGACGCUGGCCAUCGUUGCUUCGGCGAAAACUAUGUCCAAGAAAUCGUCGAUAAAGCCCCACAGCUGCCAGAUGAUAUAGAGUGGCAUUUCGUUGGGCAUCUGCAGAGCAACAAAGUUAAAACUCUACUGGGUGGUGUCCCAAAUCUUGCCAUGGUAGAGGGUGUAGAUAAUGAGAAGGUUGCAAAUAUUCUUGACCGAGUAGUUUCAAGCCUUGGAAGAAACCCUUUGAAUGUCCUUGUCCAAGUGAAUACCAGUGGAGAAGCAUCAAAGUCUGGACUUGAUCCUUCAGGUUGUGCAGCCCUUGCAGAACAUAUAAAAGUGUGCUGCCCAAAUUUGGUUUUUUCUGGCUUAAUGACAAUAGGGAUGCCAGACUACACAUCAACUCCAGAGAACUUUAGGACACUAUUAAACUGUAGACGUGAGUUUUGCAAGGCACUUGGAAUGGAAGAGGACCAGUGUGAGCUAUCAAUGGGCAUGUCCGGUGAUUUUGAGCAAGCGAUUGAAAUGGGAAGUACCAAUGUGAGAAUUGGAUCAACCAUAUUUGGACCCAGAGAAUAUGCAAAGAAACAGCCUAACUAGUAGCUUCAAGGUCUUGUACUAGUAAUCUGUAUAUUCAGUAAACAUUGAUACUGUAUUCAGCAGACAUUGAUGAUACUUCAAUUUUAGAGAAAAUAUUGAUACCAUCUCAUUGUUAUUGAUCUUAUUCAGAAUAAUUUGAUAAAAUUAUUUAUUUGAAUGAA